AUGGGCAGUGAGUGGCUCCUGCCCUGUGGGUGGGGGACGGGGCUCCCCAUCAUGCCAAGAUGGUGCUCCUGGGGGAGCAUCUGCUCCAACCCAGCAGUGCCCAAUCACAGAUGCUCCCAGGCAGGGUUGUGUUGUCUCGUGCACGGUGCUUUAUUAAUAACCCUGGUUAAUUGUAUGAAGUCCUUGCCCUGCCGUGGAGCCGAGGGGCGGUGGAGCAGAAGGGAACGGGCUUUGUCCCCCCGCCCAGCCCGGGGGCGGUGCGGCACGGCCGGAGCUCCCACCCGCACAGCCCUCGCUGCUCAUCGGUGUCCGCUGGAGCGGGGCACAGCCGUCAUCCCGCGGGGCUCGCAGGCUCCCGGGGCCAUGCGGGGCCCGCUGCUCUGGGCGGGCUGGCUGCUGGCCACGGGCUGCCUGCUAGGAGCCGCGGGCAGCUGCCGGCACCGCUGCUGCCCCGGCAGGAACAACGCCUGCUGGGCCCCCGGCGCCCGCCGGGCCCGCUGCUACUGCGACUCGUACUGCCAGCGGACGGGAGACUGCUGCCAGGACUACCUGGCCGCGUGCCGCCGUGCCGCGGUGGGCUGUGCUGUGGGGCCCUGGGGGCCGUGGAGCGGGUGCAGCUCCCCGUGCGGGGUUGGCAGCAGGGCCCGCAGCCGCCAGGUCACCGUGCCGCCCCGGCACGGCGGGGAUCCCUGUCCCGACCUCAAGCAGCGCCGCGGCUGCCUGGGGCAGCACCCGACCUGCGGCACGGCCAAAGUGCUGCCGUCCCGGGGUGUCUUUAAUCAUCCCCUGCCCCUCACAGCUGCUCUUCUGCCAGAGGUAGCCAAGAUACUCCCCAGCUCCUUCAGCCAGGACUUCAGAGAUCCCUGGCGAAGAGCGGGGCUGCCACUGCCGGAGGAGCCCCCAUGUUCCCCCCUCCCCAGCUCCUGCGGCUAUUUCCGCCUGGCGCAGGUGGGACCCCCGUGCCGCGGGCGCGCCUGGAGCCGCCGGCUGCAGCGGGACAAGCAGGUGUGCGUGCAGUGCUGGGGGAAUCCGUCCCACCGCCGUCCCCACUGCACUGGACACGGCCUGCAAGGAGCCAGGACAUUUUGGGUGGCAGCUUCUGUGGUGGGGUGCCAGGGCUCAUGGGUGCAGGAAGGCCUGCAGGAGGGCUGUGUCUGCUCCCCACCAGCUCUCAUCUUCGUGUAGGAUGCCCCUGGGAAGGUGAGCUGAGCCUCCCCAUGGCACCACUCCUUGCUGGGGAGGUAAGGAAUUAAAUUAAAAUGUGCUCUCUUUCAUAAUUUCACCUUCCUGCAGGUUUGCUGUUCACCCUUGGUGCCUGCUCCCUGUUUUCCAUUAAAUAUUUUGCUGAAGAAUGGAGAAACCCUUCUUAUAAAAACUAAAAAUAAGGGAAUUGCUGAAGUGUGGUGAUUAAUGGCAGAAGAACAGCAUGAUGAGGUUAAGGCUGGGUGACAUGAUGUGAUGAUGUUAUGCUCAGCCAUGACAUCAUACUUUCAAAGAGCUGCAACUGGCAAGAAACGUGAGGAUGGAGGCAGCAUCCCUCCCCUCUGAGCUCACUCACUGCAGUAGCAGGUGAGCCGUGCAGGCAGUUCAGCCCUGCUUUGCAGAGAGGAACUAAAGACACCCAAAGUCUGCGCACAGGCGAUGGUGCCAGCGCCCAGUUCCAGCCGUGGGGCUCAGCAGCUCCCACUGGAAGGAGUGAGGCUGGGCUGGGUGCUGCUGCUGCCCUUCCCCAGUCCUUGCCCAGCAUUGCAUGAGCUUGCUGGUGGGGUCCCUGCUCUAGCUGUGGGUGGUGCUACCACAGCACAUGCCGUGCCAGG